AUGUACCGUCUUGUUUCAUUCUUUUUGGGCGUAGCAGCUGUAUCUGCUAAUUGUCCCAAUUACGAGCAAUUCGCCCGUGAACGGCACGAGCCCCUCUCAUCUGGGCGCUAUGAGUUCCCGCUUCAGCGCCCCAGCAAAGAUUGUCGCACCUAUUCAGUGCCAGCGGUUGAGCAUGUGAUUUACGAGGAAAUGGAUCAAGCGAUUGGUGAUCCAGAUCUUUAUCGUUUGUUUUUGAAUACAUGGCCCAACACUUUGGACACGACUGUGAAGUGGAGGGGUGUGUCAGCGGAUAACGCUGAUGAAGAGUUAGCAUUUAUCACCACAGGUGACAUAAAUGCGCAAUGGAUUCGCGAUAGCUCAAAUCAGCUGCAGUCAUAUAAAUCAGUUCUGUCCUCUGACGAUAUCGCCUCUCUUUUCAGAGGCGCAAUCAAUUUACAAGCUCGAUACCUCACAAAGUCGCCCUUCUGCAACGCCUUUCACCCUCCACCCGAAGCCAAGCUACCUCGAGCAAAGCGAUCCAUUCAGUCUCGAGAUACUGUGAGUCCGAAAUACGACCCCGAAUUCGUCUUCGAGUGCAAGUACGAGCUCGACUCCCUCGCCGCCUUUCUCCAACUAUCAUGGGACUACUACGAAGAGACGGAAGACGGUGACUUCUUUGGAAAGUUUGGCUGGGUAGAGGCCGUAAGGAAGAUCCUUAAGGUCGCUGAGCACAUGCAGGAGGGAACAUAUGACGAGCAAGGCAUGGUACAGAAGCCAGCCUACACAUGGUUGCGUAAUGCGGAUAGUGCUUCAGAAACAGUCUCCAACCAUGGCCACGGAGCUCCUAUAAAAGGCCACAUUGGCCUUGUUCGCAGCUUCUUCCGGCCAUCUGACGAUUCCUGCAUCUAUCAGUACCUUAUACCCGCAAACAUGAUGUUUUCGAGGUAUCUCGCCUCAUGCGUCAAGAUAAUGCGGCCUCUGGAUGAGGAAUUGGCCAAGAAGAUGGAAGCUAUGGCGAGUGGUAUUGAGUACGGUAUCAAUCAGCAUGCUAUCAUCCAGCAUCCCGUAUACGGAGAGAUGUACGCCUACGAGAUUGACGGAUUUGGUUCCCACAGUCUCAUGGAUGACGCGAAUCUGCCUUCUCUGCUUAGUAUUCCGCACAUGGGUUACAAGCCAGCUUCGCAGCACGUCUACGAUAACACCCGCGCUUUUGUUCUUAGUCCAUCCAACCCCUACUACGCACGAGGGCCAGUCCUCAACGCCACAGGUGGACCGCAUCUCGGCCCUGGGAUGGCAUGGCCUAUGGGACUUAUCGUCCAGCUCCUGACAAGCGAUGACGACGACGAGAUUGUUGAUGGGAUUCAAGCAUUGGACAAGAUCAUGGUUCUCAUGGGCGAAUGGCUUGUUUGGACAAAUGAUCUUGGAUUUGUAUAA